AUGUUUGCUCGAGGGCUGAAGAGGAAGCGCGCGGAGGACGAGGAGGCCGCGCCCGCCUACAGCCUGCAGCGCCAGUCACUCCUGGACAUGUCGCUGGUCAAGCUCCAGCUGUGCCACGUGCUGGUGGAGCCCAACCUGUGCCGUUCAGUUCUCAUCACCAACACGGACCUGCAGAUUCAAGAGGAGAUGACCCAGGAUGGGAGAUGGUGCGUGCCAGUGCCCCAGACCGCGGGGCGGGCGUCGCGCGACCUCCUAGUAUCCACGGAGAUCCUGUGCUGCUGCGCGUGGGAGGGGGUGCACCCGGCCCCUGACCCCGGAGACCUGGCCUCUGAGUUCCAAGUGGUCCCAGCGGUACAGGCUCCCGGAGGCUCUCCGGGUGGCGUCUGGGGCAGGGACGGUCCUCGAGAAAACAGAGGAAGCUUUCAUAAGUCGCUCGAUCAGAUAUUUGAAACACUGGAGAGUCAAAGCCCCGGUGCAGUAGAGGAACUGUUUUCCGACGUGGACGUCUCUUACUACGACCUGGACGCUGUGCUGACUGGCAUGCUGGGCGGUGCCAAGUUGAUCCAGGACGGGCUGGACCUUGUGGUGGAUAUCCUGGUGGAGACCUGA